GAAUUGCCCCGACGACGGGGUAACUGAGGAAUGGAAAAAUUGAGCUCUGUUCCGAAAAUGUCCCUGUUGUGGUGGGGUUAUCGAUCCGUUGGAGAGGGAGACGGAAAGGACGACAUCGCAAGUGGAAUGGAGGGUAUCCAUAAAAGGAGGCGUUAUGACGAAUGGUUCGUUCGUGGCCGAGGAUUCCAGAAUGGUCGUCGUCGCCCUUCUCCCUCAAAACCUAAUUUUCUGCAGAAAUGCUUCCUCCUCCCCCUCUUUCCUCACCACCAAUCUCUUCUCCGCCGCUAGAAUCGGCAAAAGAAGAGACAUUGGUGCUAAAAUCAGAAACAAUGGCAGCCCUUGGAGUAGUAAUUCCCAUGGAGAGAAAUCCCUGUCUCAUCGCAUAUCGAUCGUCCUUCCUUCCAGGAUUUGGUUGGCUAAAUUGGACAACUGCUUCAACCUAUUGGUCUCGGGAAUCAUCACAUUCUCCACUCUCUCGCUCAGUCCCGUCGCCGAUGCCGUCAGUGACCAGGCCAACUCCUCGAGGUAUCAGUGUGAAGAUGUUAGGAGUUAUUACCACGAUGUUGAUGGGUUGAAAGGUGCUGCAUUGAUGAAGAAGCUCAAUUCCAUUGUUUCUCCUCACUGGUCGCUGCCUUACAAAGAGGUGUGGGAUGCGCUCAAGAUUCUUGAUGCAGCUGAUAUUGAUAACCCAGAAUCCUCCUCAGAAGUAAUUGAAAUCUACUCACUGAGACCAGUCUCCAAGCUGUUGGCGGGAAAGCCAGAAGGGUGGAACAGAGAACACUUAUGGCCUCGUUCAUAUGGUCUGACAGAUGGUCCGUCUUUAACCGAUUUACAUAAUAUUCGUCCUGCAGAUGUCAAUGUGAACUCAUCAAGGGGAAACAAGUUCUAUGGGGAAUGUGUUGCUAAAUCAACUCAUUGUUUGAGGCCAGCAAACAAUGAAGCUUCUCCUGACACUGAAACAGACAAGGAAAGAUGGGCGCCACCUUUACAGGUGAGGGGGGAUAUAGCAAGAUCCCUGAUGUACAUGGCUGUAUCUUAUGGAUUCCAUCAGCGUGAUGGCAACUCACAUCUACAGCUUUCUGAUUCCCCGAGCAUUGGAAGAAAUGAGAUGGGUCUCCUUUCCACCUUGCUACAAUGGAAUGAACUUGAUCCACCAUCAAGAGCUGAGCAGUUGAGAAAUGAGAGAAUAUGCAGGCUCUACCAGCACAACAGGAAUCCCUUCAUUGAUCAUCCAGAGUAUGCCAAUCUCAUAUGGAAGCAUGGCACUCCAAGCAGUCCAACUGUGCACAACACCUUGCCAAAGGCUUGGAUUAAUGAGUUCCAUUAUAACAAUAAAGGCAAAGACAAAAAUGAGUUUAUUGAGAUUGUAGUUGGGCCAUCAACUGAUGCAGCAUCCCUGAAGCUUAUAUUGUAUAAUGGAAGUAAUGGAAGAAUGUACAGGUCAUUGUCACUGUCAGACAAAGAAGUUUUUAGUGUUAGCAAUAGUGGAUCAGGAUUUCUCAUCUACACAGCCUUCAUUCCUAUCCAGAACGGUCCUGCCGAUGGUAUAGCAUUGCUUUCAGGCAAAGAUGGAAGACAGUUUGAAGUGUUUCAGUUUUUGUCUUAUGGAGGUAUUGUCAGAGCGGCAGAUGGUCCUGCAAGAGGCAUCGAGUCUAUGGAUAUUAUGGUUCAAGAAACAGAAGGAUCAUCAGAACAUGAUUCAUUAGGAUUGACAGGUCAGAAGCUUGGAGAAUACAAAUGGUUAAAGUUCACUGGAGAUGCAACCCCAGGAGAGCCAAAUAUUGGACAGAGGCUGUAGGACCUUUAUUUCACUAGAUAUUAGCACAACUCAGGUGUCGUGGUUUAUGUAAUUAUAAUAAGUUAUUGCUGUUGGCGUACACCGUCCUCGGUUAACAAUUGAUCAAGUUGGAGCCUGGAACAUUACCUGCCAAAGUUGUUCUUACGUUAUCUAGCUAUGUUGCUUCCAAUAUCUCAUUCGAUAGAAGGGUGGCGGUUUCGCUCCUGAUCAUAGCCAAGAAGAAAAGAAACUUAUAGCCACGUUGCAUAGAUUCAGCAAAAUUGGAAAGUGGCCAGGAAUCAUACAUCAUCCUGGAAGUAGGGAUAUAGCAGGUUGUCUUUUCAGUCUAAGGAUGAUGAUUUGAUCCUUGGACAUGCUGUGUU